AUGACCAAGAGUAAAGAAACAGUUAGCAGUCCUACUACAGGUACAGCAGGAGCAGUGACACCAGGAUCAGUGACACCAGGAGCAGUAACACCAGGAUCAGUAAUACCAGGAGCAUUGACACCAGGAGCAGUGACACCAGGAUCAGUAACACCAGGAGCAGUGACACCAGGAGCAGUAACACCAGGAGCAGUGACACCAGGAGCAGUGACACCAGGAGCAGUAACACCAGGAGCAGUAACACCAGGAGCAGCGACACCAGGAGCAGUGACACCAGGAGCAGUGACACCAGGACAAGUGACACCAGGAGCAGUGACACCAGGAGCAGUGACACCAGGACAAGUGACACCAGGAGCAGUGACACCAGGAGCAGUGACACCAGGACAAGUGACACCAGGAGCAGUGACACCAGGAGCAGUGACACCAGGACAAGUGACACCAGGAGCAGUGACACCAGGACAAGUGACACCAGGAGCAGUGACACCAGGACAAGUGACACCAGGAGCAGUGACACCAGGACAAGUGACACCAGGAGCAGUGACACCAGGAGCAGUGACACCAGGAGCAGUAACACCACGAACAGUAACACCAGGAUCAGUAACACCAGGAUCAGUAACACCAGGAGCAGUGACACCAGGAGCAGUGACACCAGGAGCAGUGACACCUGGAGCAGUAACACCAGGAGCAGUAACACCAGGAGCAGUGACACCAGGAGCGGGGACACCAGGAGCAGUAACACCAGGAGCAGUGACACCAGGAGCGGGGACACCAGGAGCAGUGACACCAGGAGCAGUGACACCAGGAGCAGUAACACCAGGAGCAGUAACACCAGGAUCAGUGACAGCAGGAUCAGUAACACCAGGAUCUCACAGAAAGGGAGUAAAUGGAGACAGUACACUCAGAUUGCAUUGUGCCAUGCACCCUUUCAGCACGGUCUGUUUCAUCACUUUGUUGGGAGCUGUGGUGCCCCAGAGCAGGUCCAAUUCAAAAGCAAUAUCUCGGAAUUCCAACUCAAAUAGGAGGACUCCAAAUCUGAGUAGAGCAUCAACACAACCUGUCACUAAUGAAGACCCUCAGCAUGUUAACCUCACUGCUUCAGAAGGCAGCAAUAACAAUCUGGUGUCUCAUGUCAGGACUCUUGCUCAGAGUCUGUCCCAAUGCUCAAAAUCAGCUUCUCCUGAUGAGCUGAAACUCACUUUCCUAAGGAACACAGCGGUGACAUGCAAUGAUGGAACUCCAGCUGGAUUUUACAUAAGGGAGUCAAAAGGGAGCAAGCGAUGGUUAAUAUUUUUGGAAGGUGGCUGGUGUUGUUACAAUAAAGAAAGUUGUGAUGCAAGAUACAGCACCACUCCUCAGCUCAUGAGCUCUGCUGAGUGGCCACUCACACAGAGAGGUUCUGGGAUUCUGUCGGCUCAGCCAGAGGAGAACCCACUCUGGUGGAAUGCUAACACUGUGUUUGUACCUUAUUGUUCAAGUGAUGUAUGGAGUGGAAUUGCAUCAAAAACCCGCCAAGUUAAUUAUGCGUUUAUGGGCUCAUUGAUUGUCAGGGAGGUGAUUAAAGAUUUAGUUCCAAGAGGUGUUAAAUUGGCGAAAGUGGUCAUGCUCGCUGGAACCAGUGCUGGUGGAACCGGAGUGUUGCUGAACAUCGAGCGAGUGGCCAAUCUCCUGGCCCAGUUGGGAGCCGAUGUCCAGGUCCGUGGCUUGGUGGAUUCUGGGUGGUUCCUGGACAAUAAACAACCACGACAGACCGAAUGCUCAGGUGAAACCACCUGCAGUCCAAACCAUGUCAUUAAAAAAGGACUCAGAAUGUGGAAUAGUGUUGUUCCGGAGAGAUGCAGACAGCGUUAUAGACGAGGAGAAGAGUGGCAAUGCUUCUUUGGCUACAGGAUGUAUCCGUUCCUAAAAUCCCCCGUGUUUGUGGUCCAGUGGCUGUUUGAUGAAGAGCAGUUGAAAAUGGAGAAUAUUCAACUGGGAAGUCACUCCCUCACAGAAAGCCAAUGGAAUUAUAUCCAGAAUCUGGGCAGAGACCUGAGAAACUCAUUACGGGAUGUAACAGCUGUUUUUGCCCCAGCAUGUCUUGCACACACCAUGAUCUUGAAAAGCAACUGGCUGGACUUCCAGGUAAGAGGAGCUGCCUUGAAUAGGGCUUUACAGUGUUGGGACCGCAGUCUGCAAGAGACCAGGAACUCAACGUCCUCAGUGAGAAACUGCUCCUUUCACUUCAUUGAUCAGUGCCGGUUACCGCAUUGUAACCCCACGUGCCCAGCUCUUCACGAUCAGGUCACAGGGCAAGAGGUGAACAUGAUUCAGCUGCUGAUGGAUAUGGGCUUUGAUAUUCAGAGAAUAGCACAGCAGCUGGGAAUGGGACCCAGUCACUUGCUGGGAAUGCUCAGUAAUGGAGGCUAAACUCUUCAAACUAAUCUCAUUGUUUUCCUCUGUGCAGGAAGAUUUACAGUAAAAACAAACCUGUAUUUCAGUCACAGCAUUGCUUGGUUAACAAAGCUGGAAUUUUAAAUUAGCAUGCUCAGUUAUUUAGAAACUAUUCUAGUUUAGUAUAACAAUAUAUUUUUAACCUAGCAGUAUUCAAUGUGGUUCAACUCCUUUACUGUCAA